GCGGACCGCCCGGCCGCCGCCGCGUUGGACUAGUGGGGGCCCGGCGACAUUGAACCGCCGGCGGUCCAAUAACCCUGGACGGAUUGGCGCGCACGUUAUAUAAGCAGGUGAACGCCGCGGGAGCGUUUUAGUUGGUUUUUUAAUAUUACGCACAGUCGUCGACUUCGUAUAGUAAAAACGAGCGUGAUCGCCGCAGCCGCCGUUUUUUUUAUUCAUGUGCCGUGAGUGCGUCCGACCGGCCGGUUCGUUCCACCCAUAAGCGCAAGACGCGCGCGACGCCCGCGUGUGUGUGUAGUUGAGUGUUUGGCGCGGCCGCCGUUGCGUUGCCGUGUUAUGCCGCGGUGGUCUCACGACGCGCGCAACUGAAAACGAUGGCAACGAUUGUCGCAGCAAGUUCAGCACCGGUAACAGCGGAACCCCACCAAGACAAUAUCGAUAUCCCGGCGGAACAGACAAACGACGCCGCCGACGCGGUCGCCGCGGAGGAACAGGACAAGCCGCAGACAAAAGUGCCGCCUCCGCCCGUGCACAGCAUCGUCGGCAAAGUACUCGACCUGAAACGGGCCAGCAUAUCGUCCGUGGACAGCGACAUAUCGUUGUCGUACGACGCCGCGCCGUUCUACCCGCGUUCCCUGAACCGGAACAUGUCGGCCAACAAUUCGAGCGGUUCCGGCACCGACGACGGCGGCCACCAGCGUAGCGCGUCUGCGGCCAGCGGCGCCGGCGGCGCCAGCGCCAUCGGCCUGACCGAUUCGUCGGAUUCCGCUUACGAGGGCGGACAAGGCAAGUCGAGCGACGAGUCGGUACCGUUCGUGGCGCCGGACGAGGACACCACUAAGCGCAUACUCGACCAGGUGGAGUUUUACUUUUCGGACACCAACAUUGUCAAGGACGCGUUUCUGCUGAAGCACGUGCGCCGCAACAAGGAGGGGUACGUGUCGCUCAAGCUCAUCUCGUCGUUUAAACGCGUCAAGCACCUGGCCAAAGACUGGCGGGCCGUGGCCCACGCCAUAUCCAAGUCGGACAAGCUGGAGGUGAACGAGUCCGGCACGAAGCUGCGACGCAAGGACCCGCUGCCGGCGUACGACCAGACGACGCCGUCGCGCACGGUCGUGGCCAUCAACCUGCCCGAAAACAAGCCGGUCAGCAUCGAGUCUGUGGCCGAGAUGUUCCGCAGCUGUGGUGAAAUAGCGUUGAUCCGCGUGCUCCGGCCCGGCAACCCGAUACCGUCGGACGUCCGGCACUUCGUCAACAAACACCCGGAGAUGGGCAACAACGUUAGCGCACUUGUCGAGUUCGUACGCACCGAGUCCGCGCACAACGCCAUCAGCAAAGACUGGACCGCGGAGAAGGCCAAAGACGGACAGGCCAUGUGCGUGAUGGAGCUGAACGCGCCGGCGUCCAAGAAGAAGGCCACGGCCGCGGCAAAAAAGUCGCCCAUGAACCGUCUGUUCGACGGGGAAUACUCGUCAUCGUGCCAGAGCGGUUCGGAAACGGAAGACCUGCGUACCAAGUUGCGCAUGCAGCGUAAGGUGUCGGCCAACACGAUGAUGCGAUCCGAGUCGGCGUGGAACCAGCGCCGUUGGUCCCGCGACUCCGGCACGGACAGCUCCGGGUCUGGGUACUCGCGCCGCGACUCGUACGUGCCGCCGCAACACCAGUUGCCGGCCGGCGGUGACUUCGGCCACAGGCGCAUGUCGUCCGGCUGGGACUCCGGCUCGGACAGCUAUUACUCGGGACGGUCGCGUUCCAGCAGCGGCGUGUCAAUACCCGAGACGUUCGGCAUGCGUCGGUUCUCGUUGGCCAACCGCCCGGAACCGCCACAGCAACAGCAGCAGCCGUGCUGUUGCAACUGCGGCCACGGACAGGCGCAGCCGCCGCCGCCGCAACAGCAACAGCCGCCGAUGGUCAUGCGUCGGCACUCGGCGCAAGAGAACCAUCAUUACGACAGCCGACGGUGCAGCAGCAGCAGCAGCAACAGCGGCGGUGGCGACUUUUUGAUGCGCAAGGAUUCGACGUCGGACUUUUGUUGCGGAUCGCCCGGCGGCGGAUUCCACCAGAAUUGGUCGCGCAAGAGCAGCUCGUCGUCCAUGGGCGACGGCAGACGUUUGUCGGUCGACUCGUCCGAUUCGUCCGGACGUUCCGGAAGCCGUCGCGCCAGUUUGGGCUUGGUAGCGCCCGACAACGUGGUCAGGAUGCCCAAAGGCCCGGACGGAUGCGGCAGCCGUGGAUUCCAGCGGGAACCGCUCGUGGACAACACGCUUUAUGAAUAACGACAAAAACAAAUAUCCGAGCAGAUUCAACGACACAAUGAAAUGACAAUAAAAUAUAUUAAUCGAUUUUUUAAUUUAACAUAUUUAAGCGGUUUGGUUGAAAUUAUUAUUAAUAUUUUAAUUAUAUAUUAAAGUAUAAUAGCCAUUAUAAUAAUAUAUAAAACAAAAAAAUUUUGUAAAGCGAUCAUUUUUUAAAGACAAUUUUUUUUUAAAGGAAAUAUCGCUCCGCCAUCCCGUUUACGGUAUAGUGUUAAAAAAUAAUAAUAAUCUUAUGUAAGAACAGAUAUAUACACCGUAGGAAAAGUUACCAUAUAUUUUGUAUUGUAAUGUUAUUGUUGUUUGUAGUGUAAAUUUGCAAGGGGGAAAUAAAGAAAUACACAUCACGCACAUGUGAACUACAUAUAUUAAGUAGGUUCACUGAACAAAUUUUUCAACCUGUCCAUAAUACAUAUAUUUAUAUUAUAUAAAAAAAAAUAUUUAUACUACGGCGAUAAACGUCGCCUAAUUUAUUAUUUAUUUAUUUAAGAAAUAUUAUUAAAAAUAGACCGUUCUCGAUUAUAUAAUAUUAUACUUAGGCGUCAUCGAUUUAAACAUUUAUAUACUUUUUUUUUCGCAUAAUAAAAUAUAAUGAUGUUUAUUAAGUAUUUGAUUGUCGACAAUUACAAUUACAACUAUAAUAAUAUACUACCGAUAUAUUUAUUUAUUUAUUUAUUUAUUUAUUUAUAAGGCUUCACACGGUCGUACAUAAAAUAUUAUGAUAUUUAUUCGCUAUUUGUAUUUAAAUUAUUAUUAUAAACGUAACGUUUUGAUUUCGUAACCUUA